GAGGAGAACGCACAGCCCAAGGCAGGGGCCACUUUGCCUUCGAAAUCCGGUCUGGAAAAAGGGAAAGGGAGGCGAUCGAUGGAUGGACGGACCCUAAUCAAAUAUUUCUCCUCCUCGGAAGCGAGGCCUGUGUCCAACUGGAGAGGAUGCGCUCCGCUUUCUUUGUUUUUUUGGUUUGUUUGUGUGCGUGCCCUCCCUCCUUCCCAAGCUGCGUCGGGAUGGCAACGGGCCUCUCCUUUGUUCCUGGGCUGCCUGCCUUUGAGAUGGAGGUGAAGAUUAUGGAAGAAGCACUGAGAAACAAAUGUUAGAAAGUUACAAAUGGAAGAAUUCAUCAUAUCAAGUGCCCAUACAUUUUCGGAACAAGGCAGAGCAAUUGCUCUCUUGGAAGCAGUUCUCUUGGAGGCUCAAUUAUUUUUGUGCCAACUGUACAAAGUACAUUUCUAUUACUGUUGUGAAACUGUCUUGUUGCUCUGGGGAAAACAUUUGAAAAAGAGAGAGGGAGAAUCUCAUUACAGAAUUAUAUUUACAUGUAAGAGACAUUCAUCUCGUACUUUCCUUUCACUUACUUAUUAUUGUUUACCAGGAAGGAAAAAAAUCUAAUGUAUGUGUCACAUUCUGAUUGGUCUGUACUUGUUUAAAAUCAGCUCCUAUGCUUGAGGAAGUCCAGAAGCAACAUCUUCCUGAGCAACAUGAGAUAUACUCUGCUCCUUAUCCUUGCUAUGACUGCUUUCAGUCUAGUGGCUGCACAAAGGCAAACUGAGGAACAUGAAGGGGACAGUGGUGACUUCCCUCCACUAUGGAAAUCUGCACCUGGGAAUUUAGAAGAAUAUUUCAAACAGGACAACAGCCUUGCCAUCAAUGCCUGGAAUUACAGAGAAAGAUUAGGAUUAUAUAAAAUCUUGCUGUCCUCCUCAGCUAAAUACUUUGUUAAUCUGGGGCCAAAUAACACUGGCAAUAUCCUGUGGGGACUGCCCUUGCAGCAUGGCUGGCAAUAUAGAACAGGCAGACUAGCAGAUCCCUCAAAUGUCACAACAUGUGGCCACAUGGAUGGAGAUAAGUUGUGUAUAUCCAUAAACAGCUGGUGGGCUUGUAUGAAUUACUACUUAUCUGUAAUUCCAUUUCUGGGGGCUGUGGAGAGUGGCUUCUUUGGAGAGCUGCCAUAUGAGAUAAAAUUGCUUCCACCAGAUGAGAAGAAAAGUGACUUCUGUCACUCUGUCAUUGAAUGCAAUACCCAAGUACCAGCAGUCAUGGCUGGCUGGAGGAAUUUCUUCCAGUAUCUUUUAUCCACUGCUCCUAACAUGGAAAUAUCUGCAAGUAAUUCCUUCUCACAAGAUGAAGCACUAAACUAUAUGUGGAAAGCUCAUGUCCUCUCCAUUGCUUUUGCACAGCUAAAGUUUCAAAAACGAUUACCCUUUCUCAGUGAUCCUGAAAUGAGCUUUGGUGAGAACUGGGCAUCUGCAGUUGAAUUCAUUGCUGCCACACAUUUUCCAACAGACCAGAACACAACAAACUACUUCCAGACUGGACUACCACCUCGAAUGCUUUGGAAAGGAGACAGAGCACCUAAUAUCGCAGACUUCACAUCUGUGCAGAACAAAGUCUUGGUUUCUCUUGAAGCUAUUCGGAGAUCCAAUAAUAAAAUGGGAGGACUUUUGUUAUCAUUAUGGAAAAUUGCUAUGUCAACAGAAGAAGGAAGAAAACUUGGUCGUGACUUCAUUGAAAGUAUGGUUUAGCACAAACGUGGGAAAGGUCACAGCAGUGGCCCUGCAAAAUAAUUUCUGAGGCCGCCAAGACUGCCUAGUUUACUUCCUGGUUAAAUAAAGGACUUCCGUCAGUUAAAUCUGCUUAGACCUGGAUUAUAUGAGUCUACACAGCCUAUAAUCCAGUUCGAAUAUGAUAAUCUGGAUUCAGAAACUGGAUUGUAUGGCAGUGUAGAUGGGGCCUCAGAUGGAAGGGGAAACAAAAUUGCUUUAUAACAAAAGGUCAUAAGGUAGUGCUUUAUUUGACUAGGGGUGUGUCUACACUGUAGAGUUAAUGCAAUUUGGCAUCACUUUAACUGCCAUGACUCAGUACUAUGGGAUCAUGGGAGUUGUAGUUUUACAUGAUCUUUAGCGUUCUCUGUCAAAGAAUUGUGGUGCCUUACUAAACUACAAUUCCCAUGAUUUUACAGCAUUGGGUCAUGGCAAUACAACAGUGUCAAACUGCAUUAAUUCUGAAGAAGAAUGUCUGGUUUACUUUAUCUUUAAAUAUUCAAAUACUUAAUUAGACUUAUGUUUUGAAUAAACAUGAAUAUGGUUGCAUAUAAAUCACUGUUUGGCUUUGUAAAGAACGAUAAAACAAAUA